GGAUUACGGAAUCUCUACUCUCAAAACUCCCUAUAUAAACCUUGAGUAUUUGCAUUCUUUCUAUCAUUCUCAAAACCUUCCAUCACCCAAGAAAAGUUCUCACUUCACAAUCACAAUGGCCGCGGCAACAAUGGCCCUCUCUUCCCCAUCCUUUGCCGGAAAGGCUGUCAAGUUCUCUCCUUCCACUCCUAAAAUCCAGGGCAAUGGGCGUGUUUCCAUGAGGAAAACUGCCACCAAGCCUGCUGCCUCUGGAAGCCCAUGGUACGGCCCUGACAGAGUUUUGUACUUGGGUCCACUCUCCGGUGAGCCUCCAUCCUACUUGACCGGAGAGUUCCCUGGUGACUACGGUUGGGACACUGCUGGACUUUCAGCUGACCCAGAGACCUUUGCUAGGAACCGUGAGCUAGAAGUCAUCCACUGCAGAUGGGCCAUGUUGGGAGCUCUGGGAUGUGUUUUCCCUGAGCUUUUGGCUAGGAAUGGAGUCAAGUUCGGCGAGGCCGUGUGGUUCAAGGCUGGAUCUCAGAUCUUCAGCGAGGGUGGACUUGACUACUUGGGGAACCCAAGCUUGAUCCACGCUCAAAGCAUCUUGGCCAUCUGGGCAUGCCAAGUAAUAUUGAUGGGAGCUGUGGAGGGUUACCGUAUUGCUGGUGGCCCUCUUGGUGAGGUGACUGAUCCAUUGUACCCAGGUGGUAGUUUUGAUCCAUUGGGUCUCGCUGAUGACCCAGAGGCAUUCGCUGAGCUCAAGGUCAAGGAGAUAAAAAAUGGGAGAUUGGCUAUGUUCUCCAUGUUCGGGUUCUUCGUCCAAGCCAUAGUGACCGGAAAGGGACCAUUGGAGAACUUGGCCGACCAUCUUGCCGACCCUGUCAACAACAAUGCCUGGGCUUAUGCCACCAAUUUUGUCCCCGGAAAGUGAGGCUAGAGAAUGAUUUGUGUGUGAUGUUAUUUGUUGUGUUUGUGGUUUAAAAUUGUCGCAAAUCAAUGAGAGAGAAUAAUGUGAAUUUUAUCUCUGUAAUUUCGUUCAAAAAGCUCAAGAAAUGGGGAAAACUUCCAGGAUUAUCACUUGUUUCA